AUGGUUUCUCUCGGCAUCCAAAUGUUCCAAAUUAACUUGCAUCACAGCAAGAGCGCCUCGGUUAUCCUAGCCAGGAGCAUGGCUGUGAUGCAUACAAGUAUUGCACUAAUCCAAGAACCAUGGAUUGUGAAUGGUGCAGUAAAAGGACUGAGUGGGUGCGGUUGCUUAUACAAAGCACACUCAGAAAAUAGAGUAAGAUCAUGCAUUUUGGUAAAAGAACUAAAUGCUAUCUUUCUGCCACAGCUCAGCAGCGAGGACCUUACAGUCAUCAAGGUGAGAGUGAAGCUAGCCGAGGAAGAGGACAUGGAAGUAUUAAUAGGGUCAGUUUAUAUGCCUUAUGACUCCACGGAUCCACCACCACAUAAAAAGGUAAAAAACCUGGUGGCCUAUGCGGAAGCCAGGGGGCUCGAACUCCUGCUGGGUUGCGAUGCAAACUCCCACCAUGUAGGAUGGGGAAGCACAGACACCAACCUGCGGGAGGAGAGUCUCCACGACUACCUAAUGGGCACAGGAUUAACCAUUCUCAACAGAGGAAACAAGCCGACAUUCCUGGACUCCAGAAGACAGGAAGUCAUCGAUAUAACGGUUUGUAAGAAGAGGGUGGCAAGUCUGGUGAACGACUGGAGGGUCUCGGAUGAGCCUUCUGGCUCUGAUCACAGACAAAUACGCCUAACUCUCCAACAAAUACAGCAAAUCAGCUGGGUUCGCAACCCACAAAAAACCAACUGGGAGGGCUUUAGGGCCGACCUUAAGGUCCAGCUCGCUAUGGUCACAACCAGUUUCAGAACCAAAAAUAACUUGGAAAACGUGGCGGACUUUCUAAAGAACGCCAUUACAAACGCCUUUGAAUUAAACUGCUUACCAAAACUCAGGAAUCCGUUGAACAAGAUCCACUGCAUUGAGAGCGCCCCGGAGGCAUCCAGGCUUCACAGAAUCCUCAGUUUGGAUCACCGUCCCCACUUAGACUGUCUCAAGCUCCCAACGGAGAAUGUCACUGAGGAGGCAACGGACACAUUGAAACAUCUAAUGGAAGUCCACUUCCCAGGUUUUGAUCAUAACAUACAACCCUGCCGACCAAACCCUAGGGAAUAUAAACCCAGGGACUGGCGUCUGGCAGCUGAGGUUGUUUUUCCAAAGGGAGUUAAAUGGGGUGUUAAGACCUUUUCUCCUUAUAAAUCACUUGGACCGGAUGGAAUCUACCCGGUUCUUCUUCAAGAGGGGCUGGCGGUUCUCAUAGGUCCACUCACAAAAAUCUUCAGGGCUAGCAUAGCCCUAAGACACGUCCCCCAGGCUUGGAGUGGUACAAGAGUAGUCUUUAUACCCAAGCCUGGUAGAAAUGGCCAUAUAACAGCCAAAAACUUCAGACCGAUCAGUAUCACUUCCUUUGUACUGAAAACACUGGAGAGACUGGUCGAUAAAUAUCUGAAAACCGGCCCUCUGUUAGUACAUCCGCUGUCUCCGGCUCACUAUGCCUACAGGGAGGGCAGAUCAACAGAUACUGCUCUGCACCAUCUCGUGGGCGGAGUCGAAGUGCAGUUGGAAGCAAAGGGAUAUGCCCUGGGCGUCUUUCUGGACAUUGAGGGAGCUUUCGAUAGCACCUCAUAUGAUGUCAUCAGAGAAGCAAUGACCGGGCAUCACAUUCUCGCUGCUCUAGCAGACUGGACACAAAGCAUGCUAACAGGAAGAACCCUGAUUGCCAAUCAUGGGGACUCAAGUGUGCAUGGUUUCCCCGCUAAAGGAUGCCCACAGGGAGGAGUUUUAUCUCUCCUGCUCUAA